AUGGACAAUGUAGCUCUUAAAUUUCCUCGAUUCACUCUCCCUGUGAACAAUCCUCCAGUCGAGGAUCAUUCCCGGGCGAUUAGCCUCGAAUCCUAUGCUGAGCGUAUCAAGAGCACGUCCAGGAACAGGGAUCCCUCCUCGGGGAAGCAUCUCCACGCUGAGAUCUUCCGAAGCGAUCACUGGAACAAUCGCUACCUCGCGAAUCUGCUGGUGGAGAUGUAUGGCAAAUGCGGCCUCGUUGGAGAGGCGCGCAAGGUCUUCGACGCUAUCGAGGAGCCGAAUUCCUUCUCCUGGAACAUCAUGGUCGCAGCCUACGCUCAAAACGGGCAGCUCGACCACGCCAAGAAGCUCUACGACCGGAUGGCGAUCAAGGACGUGAUCGCGGGCAAUGUCCUCAUCACCGCAUUCGCGCAGGGCGGGCGGCUGCGCGAGGCGAGAGAUUUGUUCGAUUCGAUCCCCCGCCGCGAUGCGGUGUCGUGGAACGCGAUGAUCCGGGGCUAUGCCGUGAACGGGCAUUUGGACGAGGCAAAGCAAUGCUUUGCAAAGAUGCCCAACCCUAAUUCCGUGACCUGGACAACCAUAGUGGCGGCUCUCGCGGAGAACGGUAAUAUCGACGAUGCUAAAGCGAUGUUUGACAACAUGCCGGAGCGCAAUGUGGUAGCCUGGACGUCCAUCGUUGCGGCAUAUGCACAAAACGGGCAUCUAGACGAGGCAAGAGAGCUCUUUGAGAAGAUGCCGCAUAGAAAUUCCUAUUCCUGGAACACAAUGAUCUCCGUCUACGUCCAAAACAAGGACCUCCACGAAGCCAAGAGGAUAUUCGACGCGAUGCCCGGAAAGAACCUCGUAUCUUGGACCCCGCUUAUAUCGGCAUAUGCCCAAAGCGGGCAUCUGGACGAGGCAAAGAGGCUCUUUGACGAGAUGCCACAGCCGGACGUGGUGCUGUGGACAGCCAUGAUCAAAGCAUAUGCGGAGAAUGGGAAUAUUACCGAGGCCCGGCGUACCUUUGACCUCAUGCCACAAAGGAAUAUUGUCACCUGGAACGUGAUGCUGGCGGCGUACUGCCAGGUCGGCCUCUUGCGUGACGCCACGCGACAGUUCGAGGAAAUGCCCGAGCGGGACCUUGUGUCGUACACAACGGUCAUUUCAGCUGAGGCGCAGUACGGAAGGCUUGAAAGGGCCAGAGCUUUGUUUGACGAGAUGCCGCUGCGGGAUAUCGUGGCAUGGAACACUAUCAUCGCGGCAUAUUCUCAGGCUGGGAAUCUGUCCCAAGCAAGGAAUCUAUUUGAAAAGAUGAGCACUCACGACGUAGUGAGUUGCAACAUUAUGAUCGAUGCGUAUGCCCGCUUGGGCUACUUGGAAGAAGCGAAAAGGGAACUUGGAAAAAUGCCCAGGCAAGACGUGAUCUCCUGGACAACACUUAUUACAGCAUAUGCCUUCUUUGGGUAUGUGGAAGAGGCCAAAGCGUUGUUUGAUUCCACCCCAGAAAAGAAUCUUCUGGCGUGGAACACGCUGCUAGAAGCGAACUGCCAGCACGGCGAACUGGAUGAUGCCCGGGCAUUGUUUGAGAAUAUGCCAGAGUGGGAUACCAUAUCCUGGACGAUCAUGAUCACGGCAUAUGCCCACAAGGGGCAUAUUGCCCAGGCGCAGCGCUUCUUCGACGGCAUCCAGCACCGCGACGUGGCGUCCUGGAACGCGAUGAUCGUCGCCUAUGCCCUAAACGGCUACCGGGCGCGAUCGAUCGAGCUCCUGGGCGAACUAGGCGUCGCGGGAAUGGAUCCCGACGAGGUGACAUUCACAAGCGUCAUGGGCGCGUGCGGCCACGCGGGGUCCGUGGACGCCGCCCGGGAUUACCUGCGAUCGAUGCGAGUGGAUCGUGGAUUGGCGCCCCGGGAAGAACACUACGCGUGCGUGAUCGAUGCGCUGUGCCGCGCGGGGCAGAUCCAUAGGGCCGAGGAUCUAAUCGCGAGCAUGCCGUUUCUUCCGGGGAUCACGGAGUGGACGAGUCUGAUCGCCGCGUGUAAGUCGCAACGCGACGUGGAGAGGGUGCUCGCGCGGGUGUCCGAGCUGGAGCCCCACAACUCCGAGGUGUACGUGCUCCUCUCCAAUAGCAUCAUGCCACGGAGCGAGAGGGUGACGUCGGUGUGA